GGGCACGACUUUAGUUAACUAAUAAAAUCGCUCACCCGUCAUUACCGCGCUCCGAGCUUCGUUUCCGUUUGGACGCCUUUCAUCUUUGACUUAGGUUUUCUCAGCGCUUUCUCUGAUCUCUCUAAGAGGAUCGACGGCGACGGAUUAACGUCGGAAUUAGGAAUGGACGGAGAGGAAUUGACGGAGCACGAAACCGCCCUUUAUGAUCGCCAAAUUCGUGUAUGGGGUGCCGAUGCUCAACGAAGGCUGAGCAAGUCCCAUGUACUUAUCAGUGGACUCAAAGGCACUGUUAUUGAGUUUUGCAAGAAUAUUGUGCUAGCAGGAGUAGGUAGUGUGACGUUGAUCGAUGAUCGUGUAGUGACUGAGGAUUUGUUGGCGGCUAAUUUUUUGAUUCCUCAUGAUGAGAAUGUGUAUGCUGGGAAAUCUCUUGCCGAGCUAUGUUGUGAUUCUUUGAAAGAUUUCAAUCCUAUGGUUCGUGUUUCUGUGCAGAAAGGUGAUUUGUCAAGCUUCAGUGUUGAUUUCUUUGAAAAGUUUGACGUUGUAGUUGUCAGUUCUUGCUCACUUUCAACAAAGAAAUUAGUCAAUGAAGAGUGUCGCAAAGCGUCAAAACGUAUUGCAUUUUAUACACAUUUCCAUUCGGAUUUCGUAGCAGAGGCUUUAAUCAGGCUUGUGCAGUUCGGUGUUUUUAGAAUCAACGAGAAACAUAAGAAUGGAGAUUUGAGAUUUUUAAAGAGGUAG